AUGCCCAAGCAGGACAGUAACAUCCAGAAGAAGAUAGACCAUGAGAUCCGGAUGCGUGACGGGGCCUGUAAGCUGCUGGCUGCCUGCUCCCAGAGAGACCAGGCCCUAGAGGCCUCCAAGAGCCUGCUCACCUGCAACAUCCGCAUCAUGGCCUUCAUGUCAGAGCUGCAGAGGAUGAAGGAGGCCCAGGUCAUGCAGAGGGUCGCACUAAGGUCAGCGGAUGCAGGGCCCACGGACGACAGACUACCCUGUAAAGGAAAGGUGGCCAUCUCAGACCUGCGGAUCCCUCUCAUGUGGAAAGACACAGAGUACUUCAAGAAUAAAGGAGAGCUGCAUCGGUGUGCAGUGUUCUGUCUGCUCCAGGUGGGGGCGGAGAUCCACGACACAGACAUGGUGAUAGUGGACCGGACACUCACCGACAUCUGCUUUGACAACACCAUAGUGUUCAGCGAGGCCAGCCCGGGAUUUGAGCUGCGCGUGGAGAUGUACAGCUGCUGUUCAGAGGAGGACUACUCGACAGGGAGCACGUCUCGGAAACUAGCCAGCAAACUGAGCAGCUCUCUGGGCCGUUCGGCAGGGAAGAAGCUCCGCGUCGCCAUGGACCCUGGAGCCUGCAGCCCCAUCAGCAACGGAGGAGGAGCCACGCUGCUGCUGCCUCUGCCCACAGUGGUGGGACCGAAGUACCAUCUCUUGGCCCACACCACCCUGUCACUGUCACACGUCCAGGACAGCUUCCGCACACAUGACCUCAGCAUCUCGGGCAACGAGGAGUGUUCACACUGGGUGCCUCUCUACGGCAAUGUGUGUUGUCGCCUGGCUGCCCAGCCUCACUGUAUGACCCAACAGAUGAUGAGCGGCUGCUUGAAGGUCAAGUUUGGAGGUGACCCUCAGAGUUGGACAAACGUCUACGGCGUCCUUAAAGGGACAAACCUUUUCUGUUACCACCGGCAAGAGGAUGUAGAGGCUAACAUAGAGCCGGCUUUUACCAUUUCCAUCAAUAAGAAGACGAGAAUACGGGCGUCAGAGAAGGACCGCCACAAUAAGGCCCAGAGUAUCUGUAUCAGUAACCAUUAUGGAGGAGAGGAGGUGACACACACACUCUCAGCAGACAGUCGUGAAGACACACACCGCUGGAUGGAGGCCUUCUGGCAACAGUUCUAUGACAUGAGCCAAUGGAAGCAGUGCUGUGACGACUUAAUGAAGAUUGAGCUGCCAUCGCCCCGGAAACCAACCCUGGUCACAUCGAAACAGGGUUCUCUUUACCACGAAAUGGUUAUUGACACCUCUGAUGACAUCAGUACGGUGACGGACAUCCUGGCGCGGCGGAUGGAGGAGCUGGAGCUGAGGAGCCAGCUGGGGACCUCUCCUCCCUGGAUGUCCCUGUUCGAGGAGUCUCCUGGUUGCCCCCGCACCCACAACCGCCUCCCCCACAGCCCCCUGCGCUGCCCCCGGCCCGGCCUGCUCUCCUCAGAAGCCAGCCUGACCUCGGACAGCGACAGCCCCUGCAGCACCAGCCCUUGCUCCCGCUACAGUGGCUGGGCAGAGCCCCUCUCCCUCUCCUCCCCCUCCUCACACUUCCGCCCCCGCACCCUCUCCCUGGACGCCAAGCUCAGCACCCUCAGGGGCAGGGGGUAUGGAGGGGUGUUACAGUGCUCCUGUCAGCCCCCCUCCUCCUCCUCCCUUGCCCCCAUCCCAGCCCAAUGCGUCCCCCAGGCCACCCUGUCCUGCUCCAGCUCUACCUCCAGUAACAGCUCCAGCGAGGGCAGCCACAGCCCUGAGUUGUCAGACGGCACCCCUUUCUCACGCCCCUCUUCGGCCCGUCAGAGCCUCAGGAACUUGAGGGCUAAACUGGACCCCCGGAAUUGGCUCCAGAGCCAGGUAUAACCCAGCUCAGACCCCACUC